UUUCAAAACAUAAUUUGGAGGGAAGUACUGGCUCUGUGCUAGCUGUGUCUGAUUCUUAUUGCUUAAUAUCAGAAUGCGCAGGAGAGUGCCACUAGCGCCCCCGUCUGUUGCACAGAAAUGACAUUACCCAGAUGAGAGGCAUGGAGCUCAAAGUGUGGGUGGAUGGAGUCCAGCGCAUCGUCUGCGGGGUCACGGAGGUCACCACAUGCCAGGAGGUGGUAAUCGCCCUAGCUCAGGCCAUAGGACGCACAGGGAGGUACACUCUGAUUGAGAAAUGGCGGGAAACUGAGCGCCACUUGGCCCCGCAUGAGAACCCUGUUGUAUCACUCAACAAAUGGGGCCAGUAUGCAAGUGAUGUGCAGCUGGUUCUGGAGCGUACUGGACCCUCCCUGAGCGAGCGACCCACCUCAGAUGGGUCGGCCCGCGUCCCGGAGAGAGGCCUGUAUCGGCAGAGCCUGCCACCGCUGGCCAAGCUCCGCCCAAACGCCACCGACCGUUCCCUCCGGCGACGAGAACCCAAACGCAAGUCGCUCACCUUCACUGGCGGUGCCAAGGGUUUGCGCGACAUCUUUGGCAAAAAUCGGGACAGUGAAGCCAAGCAACGGUCCACCAACCAGAGCUGCAACUCCACAGGGCCUGUGCAGGAGCUGAGCUGUUUAGUGCAGUUACAGAAAGAAAAGCUGCGAUCGCUAGAGACACGGUUGCAGAGCUGCGAGGUUGAGCUUCAGGGCAUCCUGGCCAUGGAGGACAGGGUGGGACAACUGGAAGAGGAGCAAGAAGAGGAACUUCUACGAUUGGAGCAGCAGGCACGUAGGAAUGAGGUAGAGCUUCAGGAGCAGGAGUUCUGGGAGAACGAGCUGCAGAUCGAACAGGAAAAUGAGAGGCAGCUGCGUGAGCAGCUGCAGGAGCUGCGCAGCCGCGUGCAGGACUGUGAAGCGCGGCUGGCCGAGUACCUCACGCGAAUCCAGAGCAUGGAGGCAGGGCUGGAGGCAGAGUUACAUGAGACACGGCAGGCGGACGAGCAGCAGGUGCAAGCGCAGUUGCAGCAGGCGAGGGCUGAGCUUGAGUUGCAGACACAGCAGGCUGCACGGCUGGAGAACAGCUGCAGGGUCGUGGACCGCUCACUUGGACAGUCCAGCAAGAGGCUGCAGGAGAAAGAGCAGGAACUGGAACAAUUGACCAAGGAGCUGAGACAGGUGAAUCUUCAGCAGUUCAUCCAGCAGACUGGAACAAAAGUGACUGUCUUACCAGCAGAACCUUCUGGGGAAGAGACUGCUGCAGAUACAGAGCUGCAGUCUGGUUCUCUGAAGCGUUUGGGAUCUUCUCGUCCUCUUCCAAAUGACCUUCGUACCCUCCAGAGUCCCAUCAGCUCGAGCUUCAACCCUGAUGGUAUCUAUGUCUGAUUUAACCCACUGACAACCACCCAACAUCUAAAGCCAGCCAGAUAGCCCGAAUGACUCUCAACUUAUGGUGUUUUACUGGAGGACCCAGCUCUAGAUCCACCCAAAAGGGAUCCAAAGUUUCCAAAGAGCGUGUUCUUCAUCUGGCUUAGGCCUGGUUACUCUUGGAUCCAUCAGUGGGAUUUCAUGCUGUUUCCUUGCUGGUCUGAUCUACACUUGAUCAAUUUGCCUGGGAUCUGCUAUAACUGGAGUGGACCCACUUGAACUGACUUACACUGGACCCCUGUUUGUCUGAGCUCAUCUGAUCUUCUAGCAGAAGAUCUAUAGGGUGUGCUGAAUUCUGGCCCAGUGUGCCAUAUUCUAUUUGUAUUGACCCUGAGACUACGCAGGAAAUAGAUGUAAGGCAAAGGAUCUGUUCCAGUUUCUCUGCUGCGCUCUCUUACCCCUCUGUUUCUCCUAGAAUAUAAUAUGGUGGUUUGAAAGAAU